AUGUAUUUCUACAGUUAUCAUGGAUUGUUCUUUAAUGGGGCUAUUCAUUGGUUGGUUUUCCCUCGUCAUGGAAUUGAUCGAGCAAUUAUUGUCUUUGAUUUGAUUGAAAAACAACUAUCAGAGAUAUCUAUUCCCGCUGGUGAUUUCAAGAACAUUUUGGUUGGAGAUUUGAUAAUCAUGGGUGGAUGUCUCAGUGUAUGGUAUCGGAGUGUACAUAAAACUCAGGUGUGGUUGAUGAAAGAAUAUAAAGUGCAGUCAUCUUGGACUAUGUUUGAGAUUCCUGCACGGAGACUCUCCCCCCUUUGCUUCGCCAAAGGUGGUGAACUUGUUGCAUUUAAUGGUACUGGAUUGAUGAAAUUUAAUGACAAAGGAGAAUUGCUGGAAAUAUCUGAUCAUAUGAUUUGGCGCAAGCCAGCUUUCUAUACAGAGAGUCUACUGUCACUCCCCGGUGACUGUUGUGGAAACAUGGAAACACAACCAACAAAAACAGAUAAGAAGAGAAUUAGGGAAAGUAAUGUUCUCCAUUCCUUUUGACCAUUUUGUUCAUCAAUAACUUACAUUAUAGAUGCAAUAUGAGAUUGAUGAUGUUUGGUGGUGGAUCGAGUUUACCUAUGCUUUGAGAAAAUAAUCAAUGUCUUGCUUCUUCAAAAUAAACAAAUGCUAUUUUAGUGAUCAAUCAUAUGCUUAUCUGAAAUGUCAUGCCAGUGCAGAAUUAGUCUUCGUUUUGAUGAUGAUUUCAGCAAGGUUUGAUUGUUUCACAUACUAUAAUUAGUUGUGUUUCAAUUUAGUAAAUGAUAGCUGGAGUUAGUACAUUAUCUUUGGCAUAUUUAUCUUAUUUCGUCUCAUUGUUAUUCCAAUGUAUGCAGUUUACUUUUUCUUCCAUCGCUUACAUUUGCAGCUUCAAGGCGUAGUUACUUUGAUGUAUUUAGAUUUUA